UCAACAAAUGGACGAACAAGUGUUGAAAGCAAUCUCCAAGCGUCUUAAGCCCAUGAACUUCAAUGCCAAUCAGUGUAUUCUUAAAGAGAAAAAACCACUUCAUAUGAUGUUCUUCGUCGUGAGAGGAGUCGUAGAAAUUAAAAGCGAAAGUGCUAUGGACGUGAACGUGGAAAAAACCUGUGAAUUGGGAUGUUUCUAUGGAGAAGAACUUGCACAUUGGGUUAUAACUUGGGUAUCACACCAGACCUUUCCUACCAAACUACCUUUGUCACCUGAUUCUGCGCUAUGCCCCUACCAUGGUGGUUCUGUGAAAAUACUUGCUCUCAAAGCGACGACUUGAAGAGUGUACUCUCUGAUUUCACCCUCCCUACAGAUUCCGAUCAGCCUCGGGACUGGUUGACCAUCCUAAAGAAUGUGGAAAGGCUUGAGACUAUGGAUGAGGAAGUUUUGACAGAAAUAUGUGGGUAUCUUGAGCUCAGAACUUAUGAAGAUGCGUACAUUAUUCAAAAGGAUAAACUAAUCGAAAUGAUGUUCUUCAUCAUGAGAGGAGUUGUGUCAGUGACAGACGGGAGCUCGAAACAUUACCGCAAUGAAGGAGGACGUCCAAAUCACAGUGGAGAUGACCUCAUAGAACAUUGGCUACAAUCUAAAUCUACCAGCGUUCCUGCCAAAUUGCCCACCUCUCCUUUUAGUUUUUGGGCCAUUGGUGAAGUUGAAGUUCUGGUUCUUAAGGCCGAGGACAUGGCAAAGGUUCAGCCUGGUGAUCAUAUUCGUUAGUAUUAUGUGCAAAUAAUGAAUUGUCUUUAUAUUAUAUUCCUGCUUAUGUACAUACGUAGUUUCCUUGUCUGAAGCUUGUUUGUUUGUAAGUUGUUUGGAUUUCCAGUUAAUGAACGAUUGAUCAAAUGAUGCUAGAUGCAUAUACGCAC